AUGGGUGAAUUGGGAAUAAAUGGAGACGUCCAGCUAAAAGGGAUGUUGAAUGCACCACCAAGGCCGAUAUUGACAGCACUUACAGAGCUGAAAGCGAGCGCCCUUGUGGAUGACCCGUGCUUCCCGCAAUUUAUCGAGAAGGCAACAGGAAGAAACGGACGAACCAAGAAGACUUUCGGGAGACCCCAGGCCGACCAAGAUAGAUUGUUCCAGGCUCAGUACGAGCACAUCGAGGGUACUAGCUGCAACGAUUGUCCAACUAAAUGGGAGUCAAAGCGAAUCGCUCGUGAUACAAGCGAGCCUGAAACACACUAUGGGAUCAUCGCGUCGGGAAACUGUGUCAUCAAGCAUGCGGCCACGAGGGAUCGACUGGGUGCCAAAACAGGCGCACUAUGCUUUGAGAUGGAGUCAUCUGGGCUUAUGAUGGAUUUUCCAUGUAAACUCAUUCGUGGAAUAUGUGACUACUCUGAUUCACACAAGAAUGACAAGUGGCAAGGAUAUGCAGCUUUGAGCGCAGCUGCCUAUGCUAAGGAAUUGCUCGGCAAUGUCGCGGUGGCCCAGAUAGCACAGGAAAGAUUAGUAGUCGAAGUCUGCAAAGACUUGAAGAAAGAGAUCAAAACCAUACGGGAUAUCUCCAAGGGCACACAGGCAGGGAUUGAAAGCAUCCAAUCAGCUCAGUAUCUCAAGCACAUCCAAGAAUGGCUCUUGCCUUCCGAUAUAUCGAUCAACUUCAAUGCAGCACUUGAAGCUCGACAGGAGGGGGGCAUGCUCUUGGUUUCUCCAAAGCGAGUUAUUUUAUGA